UACUCGUCGGGAAUGACCGUUAACCUUUACCCGGAAGUUGCACAGAUUGAUCUUGUUUUGUUGUCAAAGUUGUUGCUGCGCAGCUCCGUGCGGGUUUCCUCUCCCACUGCGAUGGCCGACGGUGAGCUUGUGAACGGCUCUGCUGAUAACCAGGAGGUGGCGUCAUCGGCUAAAAAAUCUGGCCGUGCCUCGCUGCUCGAUAGCGGGGAAGACUUUACGAUGCUGGACGAUGUGGAAGACGACGUGGAUGACGACCUCCCGCCUUUAGAAGACGCAGGUGGAGGAAAGAAGAAAGACAGUUCUGCUAAAGACGCUACAAAAGCAGAUCAAACUCUUUCUGUAGAACAGGACGAGUGGCUGGAUGUUUUAGGAAAUGGGCAGCUAAGAAAGAAAGUUGUGGAAGCCGGAGCCGGUCCAGACAGCAGACCCCAGAGAGGCCAAAAUGUCACAAUUCAUCUUAAAACCACUCUUACUGAUGGAACUGUGGUAGAAGAGCUGCCAAACUUAUCUUUUACACUUGGUGAUGGGGACGUCCUUCAGGCAUUGGAUCUUACUGUACAGCUGAUGGAAAUGGGCGAAAAGGCAUUGAUUGAAGCAGGCGCGAAAUAUGCAUAUGGUGCUCUUGGCAGCUCUACUCCUGCUGUUCCUCCUGACGCUGAUCUCAUCCUGGAGGUGCAGUUGUUGUCGGCAGACGACGCCCCAGAACUGGAGCUCAUGCCUCCUUCCGAGCGAAUCAGUCUGGCCAACAGAAAGCGAGAGCGAGGAAACGUCCACUACCAGCGCGCCGACUACGCCUUUGCCAUCAACUCGUAUGGAAUCGCGCUACAGAUUACCGAAGCGACGUUCAGAGUGGACAUCAGUCAACAAGAAGAGGAGGAAAUUUUGGACAUGAAGGUGAAAUGUCUCAACAACAUGGCCGCUGCUCAACUCAAGCUAGACCACUAUGAAGCCGCACUGCGCUCCUGCGUCUCCGUCCUGGCGCACCAGCCGGACAAUGUCAAAGCCUUGUUCCGCAAAGGCAAGGUACUGGCUCUGCAGGGCGAGUAUGCUGAAGCCAUUAAAACACUGAAAAGGGCCUUGAAGUUGGAGCCAAGCAAUAAGACCAUCCAUGCUGAGCUGUCGAAGCUUGUGAAGAAACACUCCGAGCAGAAAGGAGCCGAACAGGCAAUGUACAAAAAGAUGCUGGGUAACCCGACGAACACCAGCGUGCAGAAACACCGUGCCAAGUCCUCAUGGAGUCUCAGCUGGAAGUGGCUUUUUGGGGCUACAGCCGUAGCGAUUGGCGGUGUAGCGUUAUCAGUAGUCAUCGCAGCUAGAAAUUAACCAGAAGUCACUGUGACGAGAUAAACAACGUGGUGCUGAAGACCUCGAGCACGCCCCACCCCCAAACACCAUACUGACCUUCAUAAAACAAAGAAAAAAAUGUUAUUGAAAGUAAAAUGGUUGUAGUUCUGUUGCCCUCCAUCGCACCGUAGAGGUUUUAAAUGCUGUUCGCUUUUUACUUUCAAUGCAUGAGAGAGAAGCUGGGGAGAAAUAGAUGUGAAAAAUAUAAUAGAAUUCCUAUUUAUGUACAGAAAAGUUCCUAGUUAUAAUUAAGAAUUUAUCGAUGUACAGAAUGACGCUUUUCAGGUUGCAGGACACAGUGGUGUUUUGCUGCAGAACGUGUGUGAAGUUCCGUGAUCUUAUUUUUGGUGAACUGAAACUUGCUUGUGAACAUUCAAGAAUAUGAUUGUACGCUUUUCUUUUGCAGUAUCUACAGACAUCAAAAACAAAAAACAACACUAUUUCAAAAGUCUUUACACUGAUGUGGUACGUUUCUGUUUUCAUGCUUUCUUCUCCUUUAUAGGCUCCAAAAUAUCACUGGAAUCUGCUGCUGUCCCUCAAUAAUGUUGCCAGGUGUUUUCAUUUUCAUGACCAAACACUGCAAGGAAGUUCAUACAGACUUCCUACACAAAUUAUCUGCAUUUAGUUAGAGUUAUUUAUUUAGGAUGAACACUUGAGUACGUUUUAAGUUGAUUGUCUCAGUUCCCAUUCCAUUUUUUGUAGUACUGGUAACUUCCGACAUUCCCUUUAAAGUUAUUUUGUAUAUCCUAUAAUAAACUUUUGCACUUUCUGUUCA